GAAGCGGCCCCGGCGCUGCGGGGAAGAAGGGGCUGCGAGUGCCAUGGAGGGGGUGCUGUACAAAUGGACCAACUAUCUGAGCGGUUGGCAGCCCCGAUGGUUCCUUCUCUGUGGGGGAAUAUUAUCCUAUUAUGAUUCUCCUGAAGAUGCUUGGAAGGGCUGCAAAGGGAGCAUCCAAAUGGCGGUCUGUGAAAUUCAAGUUCAUUCUGUAGAUAACACACGCAUGGACCUGAUAAUCCCCGGGGAACAGUAUUUCUACCUGAAGGCCAGAAGUGUGGCUGAGAGACAGCGGUGGCUGGUGGCCCUAGGGUCAGCCAAGGCCUGCCUGACUGACAGUAGGACCCAGAAGGAGAAAGAGUUUGCUGAAAACACUGAAAACUUGAAAACCAAAAUGUCGGAACUGAGACUCUACUGUGACCUUCUUGUUCAGCAAGUAGAUAAAACAAAAGAAGUGACUACAACUGGUGUGUCCAAUUCUGAGGAGGGAAUAGAUGUGGGAACUCUGCUGAAAUCAACCUGCAGCACUUUUCUGAAGACCCUGGAAGAAUGCAUGCAGAUCGCAAACGCAGCCUUCACCUCGGAGCUCCUCUAUCGCACUCCCCCGGGGUCACCGCAGCUGGCCAUGCUCAAGCCCAGCAAGAUGAAACAUCCUAUUGUACCAAUUCAUAAUUCAUUGGAAAGACAAAUGGAGAUGAACAGCUGUGAAAAUGGAUCUUUAAAUAUGGAAAUAAAUGAUGAUGAAGAAAUCCUAAUGAAAAACAAGAGGCCCUUAUGUCUGAAAUCUGCGGAGAGAGACUGCAGUAUAUCAAGUGAAGAAAAUAUCGAUAAUAUAACAGUCCAAGGUGAAAUAAUGAAGGAAGAUGGAGAGGAAAACCUAGGAAAUCAUGACAGCUUGGCACAGCCUGAAUCAAACUCCUCCUCCAACAGCUCGGAAUCCCACUGGGAAGAAGGCAACGAAGUUCUCCCGACUUUCUUUAGUACCAUGAACACCAGCUUUAGUGACAUUGAACUUCUGGAAGACAGUGGCAUUCCCACAGAAGCAUUCUUGGCGUCAUGUUAUGCUGUGGUUCCAGUAUUAGACAAACUUGGCCCUACAGUGUUUGCUCCUGUUAAAAUGGAUCUUGUUGGAAACAUUAGGAAAGUAAAUCAGAAGUAUAUAACCAACAAGGAAAAGUUUACCACCCUCCAGAAGAUAGUGCUGCAUGAAGUGGAGGCGGAUGUAGCCCAGAUCAGGAACUCGGCAACAGAAGCCCUCUUGUGGCUGAAGAGAGGUCUCAAAUUUUUGAAGGGAUUUUUGACAGAAGUGAAAAACGGAGAAAAGGAUAUCCAGACAGCCCUGAAUAACGCCUAUGGUAAGACUUUACGGCAACACCACGGCUGGGUAGUGCGAGGGGUUUUUGCGUUAGCUCUGAGGGCAGCUCCAUCUUAUGAAGAUUUUGUGGCUGCAUUAACCAUAAAGGAAGGUGACCACCAGAAAGAAGCCUUCAGUAUUGGGAUGCAGAGGGACCUCAGCCUUUACCUCCCUGCCAUGGAAAAGCAGCUGGCAAUACUGGACACUUUAUACGAGGUCCAUGGACUAGAGUCUGACGAGGUGGUAUGACGUCUGCAGGACAGCGCCUCCUCCUAACUUCAGGGAAUAAAGUUUGCUAAAGUGUUUUGUUGCCCCACUUAAUUUUCAGCAACACCUUCUAUCCUCUCCAACCCCUUCCUUUGGGGGAUGGAGAGCAGGAGGCAAAACUCAGUGCUUUUAUAUAUAAUUUUUAAAAAUGCGUAUGUGUUUUGUGUGUUUAAAAAUCAAGGUGCUAUAUAUUUCAGUUCAAAGGGCCAACUGGAAACCAAAAUCAUAUAGCUAAGCUCUGUUUUGCUAUUACAGACUUCAACAGCAAGUUACAGGAGCAGAUUUGACAAAUGAAUUUGUUAACAUUGUGUUUUGUUUUAUUUUUAAUGGGCCACCCAAACCCAAGCUGAAAAUGAACAAAUUCUCUAUCAGUGAGUAUAAUUUAUAGCCAGUGUUUAAACCAGCUUAGACUCAACACUCAGAGGGAGUGUAAGCCCUUUUGUUGAAACUAUUGAAAGGUAGAGUUUGCUGUUAUUCUUGGUUCUUCAGUGGGUUCUCUUCUCUAGGGUUCUGUUGGCGAGUAGAGCCUGUGUAGUCAAGGUGUUGAGAUCACAGUCACAGGUGUGAUCAUGUGAUUGUGGGAGGUGAAUAAGACAGUGACAAGGAGUACCAUCCCUGUUUCCAACUGGGAGACUGUGACUCCCUAGAGAUGACUGGCAUGCCCUCACACCAGGCCAGGAGAGGUGGGGCACACAAUCUGAGAUGACACACAUCUAGUGCUUUCUCACGCAUGAGCUCAUUUGGGCAUCACAGCAAAAAUGUGACAUCCAAAGGGACCAUUACCCUAUUUCAGAAGUAAGGCUUAGAGGCUAAGUGAUUUGCUCAGUCACACAGCCUCUAAAUAGAGGAACCAGGACUUAAACACAUGUCUCCAAAGAUUUCAAAGUGGAAAGAAAUUUCAGGAAAGCCAGUGUUUGUUUGUUUUUUUUUAAUGUUGUGUGUUUUUCUCAUUGUGGUCUGUGGACCACCUCUGCAUCAAAAUCAUAUGGAGUGCUUGUUUAAAAAGUAGAUUCCCAGGCCUUACCCUGACCUGAAGAACCAGGACCUUAGGGGUAGAACUCAGGAAUCUGCAUUUUAACAAACUUCCCAGGUGAUUCUUCCACAACCAGAGUUGAAGAACCACUAGAUUAAAUUCUAGUGUACAGACUCCCCAGUCUUCUGCAGGAACUAAAUUAUGUGCCCUUUUGUUCCAAAGGCUGUCCUUUAAAUAAAAUAAUCAAAAGGAGAACGAGAAGGGGUGCGAGUUGACUUGGCAGCAUUUUUAAUUGACGCAGCAUCGGGCCCAGCCAGCAAGCUUGGCACUGCAUCAGGGACCACGGUUCUGAGUGUGCACUCUGAUAAAUCUUGGCUUCGACUCAGUACCAGAGCAAAGCAAAUGAAAUGCAGCUGCUUAGCAAUCUCAGAAAGCUUUAGGACAGUGUCAGAGUUUAAAGAUGGGACUUGAAUAUUUCAUCAAACAACCUUGAAUAGGCAGUCUCUUCAAAAGUGCGAUGCCAAAAUUGUGGCCCUGCUCUGUAGCAGGCCACUCUGCCAGGAGUGUGCAUAGGAGAAGAGCCACGGGUGCCUUCCCCCAUUAGACACGACUUCCUUCUAGCCACAGGAUGGAGGUUCCAGCUUGAGAGUGUUCCCCAGGCAGGUGAGUUCUCCAGGGGGCACAGGUGGAGGCCACCUGAGCAGCUCCUGAGGCAGCUGUUAGGCUGCAAAUCCCUGGGGGGCAAAGAGAGUCCCCCCUCUUAGGCAGAGAGGCUCUUGUAGGGAGGGGUGCAGAUUUUGUCUUUUGUCUGUCUCUAAACAAAUAGGCAUUUAUUUCGCUCAAAUUAAUGGAGCAGGUACUCUGCCCACAUAAGGUCUUCUGGAAAAUACUUAAAUUUAGAAAAGCAACAUCAAAUGUUUUAAGACUGGGGUGCUAGAAUGAUGUCGAUUAUUUUGUAUUUUACCAUUUGCUGUUGGCAGCUGCUGAGAUGUGUGUGUUGUGUGUUGUUUUUCUCCCCACUCCCUUGAGUAUCUAUUGUGGUGCUCCUUCUCUGGCUCAUGUGUAUGAUGGUGGGAUGAGGGGAUAAUUGAGACUUCUGCAUUUGACAUAGCCUCCUGUGGGGGAAAAGAGAAAGCAGCUAGUCUUUUUCUUGUACUUUGAAUGAAGGUACUUUAGGUAUCGUGCCCUUUGGAGGGUAUGAUAGCAGGAGAUUAUAAGUGUUCUGAAACAUGACAGUUCUAGAAACUGUUGGUUCUCCCAGUCACCUCAGCUGAACUCAUGGAAUCUCUGGGAGAGGAGGUGGGCACACUGAAAAUUCCUCAGAUUUGCAGCUGCUGCUCUGACUGCAGCCAAAAAGAAAGCUGCUCCGCCUGGCCACUUCGCAGUGUAGGUACUGCCUAGAUGUAUUCGACUCCGCUUUCUGGGAAAGAAGCAUUUGAUAUUACCUCAGAUCAUUGGAAACCCAGAUCAGAAUAAUUGACUAACCCGAUUAAGUUUAUAUUUUCUAAUCAAAAGGGAUAAUAUUUUUUGAUAGGCAUUUUCCUCACUAGAGCCUGUUUGCUUUACCUAAGAUAUAUGAAGCUCUUAAAACAAAAUAAUUAGAAAUUGAGUCUAAUACUCUACUAUAAAUUCAACUUGACCUGAAUGAAGCUUGGCAGAGUCAGAGCUUCCGCCUGAAUCUGCGUUAUUUGCUUCCCCAUUUUAGUUAAGGUAGUAAUUUGUGCUAAUUUGCAGUUACUUUCUAAGAGGGGGGCAAUGAGAAAAGAUACUUGAAGUUUUUUCUCCAUAAUCCUCCAAGGUUUCUGGGACACCUAAGCUUUCUUUUACCCUGACAUUAAGAGGAGAUAAGAAAAAUCUAGUAUGUUUGUUGCCUGAGUAAUCACUUUGCUCUCAUUGCUGAAAAUAUUUUUAGGAUUCCUUUUCUAGAGUAACCUUUAGAGAAUACCUGAAGAAAAAGGUAAUGUGUCUUCUAUGUAUUAGAAGAAGGCAAUAAGCAACAUGUAGAUGACUCCUUACAGAGUGCUUCACGCACAUUACUUCAUCAUGCUUGCAUGUCUCCCCUGGUAGAAGCAAGGCCUCACACAUACUAGUUGUUUGUUGAACUGAACAAAGUCCUUUCGAUGAUGGCAAGUCUUUUGUCAUUUGAAGGCACAUUUGAUUUAUUAAACGUAAUCCUGGGGGAAAAUGUUAAGUUGGAGGGACACCUGUUGCAAAACCAACUUUUAACUAUCAAGCAGAGAUGAUUUUCUCAUCAGCUCUUGAUACAACUUCUAAACGAGUUCCAGAAGAGGGGCUGUCACAAAGCGGAGAGUGUCAGUCCCCAGGAAAUCUACCUUGAAGGGCAGUACUCAUUAGGAUGUAAGUAGUGGUUCAAGAAGCCCCGUCACCAUUAUUUGUGUGCCAUUCUGAACAUGAAGCUUCCCAAAUAUAAUAUUCCACAAUAAGCAAAACCAAACCAAACCCGUUGCCGUUGAGUCGAUUCCAAAUCAUAGCAGCCCUAUAGGACAGAGUAAAACUGCCCCAUGGGGUUUCCAAGGAGUGCCUGGUGGAUUCCAAACUCUACAAGAAGGGAUACAGGGUUCUGGGUAACUCCAUAGUUCAGCCUUGCUCCUCUCUCUUCCUCCCCUCUGCCACUGAAGAUUGCCGGCACUGCCCCCAUCAGAGCACCAGAUCUAGCCCCCUUUUAGCUGUUCUUUCUGCCUCGUUCCUCAGCAGCGUCUUCUACACAUACAGAGAGCAUGUGGUCCACACCUAGCCCAGGGUUAGGGAUUCCACUCCCCUCCCAUGUCAGAUUGCAAGAGCAUCUUAGAGAGUCCUGUUCCCAUCUGUAGUUGUAAAGUAGGGGAGCGUCACAAGGUGAGAACGGCGGUUCGUGAGGAAAUGAGAGCUGCUCAAACCUUGGCCGUCUUCUCUUGGAUUACUAAUUGCACAUAUAUGUCCAAAAGGUUAAUGCUUUCAAGUUUAUAUUUUCAGAACAGUGUCUUUAAUUAUGAAAAAUAUGUGGUAGGGGACCAAUACAUAAAGUACAUUUCAUUCGCCCUGAGGUGAAGGAAACCACUAAGGUAAGAGAAUUCUUAUUCAGGAAAUUUCACCUGAUUGUGAAAAUCAUACAUGUAGAGAAAUCUUAGGUGAGGCACUAGAGAAAGCCAGAGGGUCGUGAGCGAUGUACAAUGCUGUGAGGCAUUUUGGAAACUUUCUGGAGGAAAACUCUUUUUACUUUUUUUCCUACUAAAUUACCAUGUCCUACAAGAAGUUGGUUACAUAAUGGUGCAUUUCUGAAUCAUCGAUUAAAAUCAGCUGCUCCUGAUUUUAGUCAGAGGUUUUAAAACUAGCUGACCCACCGUAAUGUUUCUUUUUAAAAAGUGACCCAUCAACCUUUUUUAAAUUUAAAAUUUUUUAGAUUUAGAAUUUCUAAGUAAAUACAAUCUAUUUUAAGCCAUUUUUCUGUUAGCGGAGCUCAUGUGUUUGGUCUUAGAGGGCCUGAUAUCAGAUGCUCUUUGUGGUCUUGUGUAGCCUGUACACAAUAAGCCUGUAUCCCUGUGAAAUGCACAUAGAAUGCUUUAUUUAGAAAUAUGUUCUGCUUCUGUGUGUCCCUUUGUAAUCUGCAGUUGCUUACUCAGGGGUUUCAUAGUAAUGAUAUAAAAAAAAAUUCACUUAGCUGUCUAAUGGUAUUUUAAGACUGCUUCUAUUACAAAAUCGUUAGGAGACCUUUCAACAAGUCCAUAAGCAUACUGUUCACUAGACUUUCCCUGUAAACACUCGCAGCUCCCAUCCUGUCCCCAUCUGUAGUCCUGUUUGCAUGGGUUCUCGUUGCACCGCUGCAUCAAGGCACUCCAGAGCAUGACUGAAAUGAUCAUUGACAGUACCUCUCGGGAACAGUGGAAGCAUGUGUCGAUCUUUUUCCUCCGCUGCUUUUUUAGAGCCCUUAAUUGAAAGGAAAAAACACUACUACUCUGUAAUAUGAAAGUUUAAAGAAGUCUUUGGUUACCCUUAAUAAUUACUUUUUCAGAGUGAACCAAUGUUUUCAGCUGAUCUAUAUAAGAAUGUAAGAAGGAAAUCCUGCUUGUUUUAAAUAUUUGCAUAUUUUAACAUGUGGUCAGUAUUUCUUCCUGAUACAUUAUAAAAGAAAGCACCCUGGCAUGGUCAGUACCCCUUGCAAAGCCGAUCUCAUCCACACAGACUCCUGCGUAGGUGUGUCUGUUUAUAGAUGUAUGUGGAAUCAGUGACGCUAAGAAGGGGAUCUAGAAGUAAUUCUUUUGCUUCCUAAUAGGUUAACAAGAUAGUUCCAUGACAUGUUUAAUGUAUGAUUCCCAUGUGUCAUGAGAAUUGCAGAAGAAUGUCAUUAAACAGCCCAACUACCUCAUAUGAAUUGGCUGUGGACAAUCUGUGUGAGAUGAGAAAUGUGUUAAGAUAAAUUUAACCUGAUUAGAGAUUGAGCAAAAUGAAGUCUAUAUAGAGAAGGAAUAUGUGAGACCAGAUGCCAAAGGCUAAAAUGUACAUAGAAAGAUGUCAUUGGAUUAAUUUUUUUAAGUCAGCAUUUAAUUCCACACCCAGUGUUCUUACCUCAAAUGUUUGUGGUUUCAUAGAUCCAUGCACUUUGAGUAUCUGUCACACGGUCUUACCUGUUGUCGUCCCUCAGCAUUUCGAAUGAGCAUCAUAAUGACAGUAGAAGGCAAGUUAAACUACAGAAAUGUCAAGUGGCUUGUCGAUUUCUUAAUUAUAAUGGACCUUUACUUAGAAUAUAAUGUUGGAACCUUUCAGGACCAAGCAAUGAAUGAUAAUUUCAUGUUUAGGUUUGCAUUGUUUCUCUGCCAAGGUUCUUACUCUGUAUUUUGUGGGGAGGGUAACCGGGGAGGGCUUUACUUUUUUUGCAAAAAUGUCUGAAGACAUCUGUCAGAUUUUAUAUUUGUUCGUUAUAAUAAACUUAUUUUUCAAGUAUUUGGUCAAGUGUAUGUGUGUGUAUGUUUCUGCUUAAUGAAAUAUGUCAAUAAUAAGUAUAAUUUAUGGAACGAGUGCUAUCUGCCAGGCACGGUUCUAAGCCUUCACCAGUAUUAGCAUGUUUGAUCCUAAUACCUCUGUAGGGUGGGAGCUAUUGUUAUCCUCGUGUUAUGAAGGAGAAAACUGAGGCACGGAAAGGGCAUGCCUCUCACCCAAGGUCCCAUAGCUAAAGAAGAGUAGAGCCAGGCUACAAACCCAGGCAGCCAAGCUCCAAAAUCCUUACAGAACCUUUUUAAAACCUAAACAAAAGUUAAUUUUGAAGCAUCAAACAACCUAUGUAAUUGCCCUACUCUGGGUGUUGUAAGGACUCUAGGGAGACUAGCUUCUUCCACAGGUGACGUGCUCCUCUUUGGCCUGGUUUCCUUGUUUUCAAAGAAAACAUUUGCUGAACAGGUGGGAGAUAGAUUUGCUGAGAAUAGUAUGUUUGCCUGGCUGUGUGCUACGUCAGUUUACAUUCAAUAGCAGAUACUUUUUGCCUGUCAUGGGAUACCAGAGUAGGUUGAACUUGUCAGGUUUUCUCUCUUAAUAUACUUCAUGGAUGUCUUAGGUAUCUAGUGCUGCAAUAACAGAAAUUGUUCCUCAAUUUCUUGGUGAUCUUCAGGUGGUGUAGCAUCUGUCUUUCCCCAUCUGUGGUUGCUUCUCUGCCUAAUCUACUCUUUUAGAGCUCAAAAGUGAUGGGCUUAAAACACACCCUACACUGAUAUGAUCUCAUUAACAUAACAAAGAAAGUCCUAUUCCCAAAUGGGAUUGCAUCCACAGGUACAGGGGCUUAGGAUUUACAACACAUAUUUUUAGGAGAUAGAUACAAUUCAGUCCUCCCAGUGGAUGUUAAGAUAUAUGUAGAAGUAUAGAUAUGUAUAACUUGUAUUGGGAUGCUAGCCCGUGUACACCCCCUUCUCAGAGACUCUUCCCACCUAUUGCCCUCUUGACCCCUCCUUUCCAGCCUUUUAAGCACAUGAGCUGGGCCUAUUAGGAUUUCUGGGAAAUUGGAAGGAAGAGAGAGAAACUGGAGUCAAGUAUGCUAGGUGCUAGAACAAAAGGGUCAUGUGGAGUCCAGCUGGAGUGGCCAAGUGUGGGCCAAGAGGAGGAAGAAGAGAAAGCUGGUGAGAGAGAAAGGAUGCAGGCACAAAGAAGCAAGGAUGGGUCGAUCGGGUAGUCGCCAGGGGUGCCCCAGCAGUUUCCUUGUAUGCUGACUUCCCGUUUCCUAGUUCCAGAUCUCAGGAAGUCUUGUUUUAUGCCCUAGGAUUUGUUUUCUUGAGAUAUCUGUACCUUUACAAUACCCUGCCCUGACCUUUUCCUUACAUUAGUUUUAGUGAACUUCUGCCCCUUGAAGCUAUCACUAUGACAAGUACCUGCAUCAUUGUUCCACACUGAAUAUGGGCAAACCUUAAAGAAAAACCAAAAUGGCCUACCUUGAAGAGUCACCACAACUGUCAUCCUCAUGGUGUAAAAUGCGAGUAUCUAUUCAGACCCGGAGUCUGCCUGGGUGAGCUUUGCUUAUUCUAAGUUAUGGACAAUUCCCCCCACUAAACACCAGGAUCCUUUGUGUAAUUGCUCUUUUCUUUUAAAUCAUAAACAUCAGUACUGCCGUCUCCAUGCCAGUAUGCUCUGGAGGAAGUUGUGUGAAGGGAGUCAGUUUCUGUCUUUCUGCUCUGCCCUCUGGGGUACUGAGGACCGUGAAAAAAUAAGCUUCCUGGAGGAUGAACUGAGAUCACUCAGAAAGAGAGCAUGUUUGGAAAUCUGCCUCGAUUGAGUCUCUCCUCAAAUCAGAUACAGUAAAUCCAAGCCAUCUCUUUAAUUUCUAAACACCUACUACAUUUCUAGACUAUACCAUGUUACUUAGAAUUCGAGAGUAGAAGCAUGAUUCCAAGGUGAAUAGACAAAUUAUUUGGUGUAUUAGUAUUGGUGUUUAGUUAUUGGCUAGCCGCCUCCCUCACUAAAUCAUUAACUUCACUUUAUUCAAGUCAGUGCACCCAGCACCUGGCAGUGCCUGCCUUGUGCAUAGUAGAAGUUCCAUACCUGUCUCAGGAGCUGGGUGUUACCUCAGGUGGCAGUCCUUGCUUCUUGCAGAUGAGUGGGUUCUGUUACCGAGCUACGAAAAAUAUUUUCGAAGCAAAACCAUACAUAUCUUUUAUAUUCCCUCCUACUUCCGUGGCUACACAAGAAAUUGAGUGACUGACUACUCAGUAUAAAUAAUGUAUGUGUUCUUUUAUAUUUUGGCUUUGUCAGUGCAAGUAUAAAAUCUUUGUAUCACAGAUACUUAUAAUGUAUCUAAACUAUGAACAAUUAGAGAGCAAAGUCCAGUUUAUGGUUCUCGGCCCUGUUUGCACUUGCAAAUCGCUGGAGGCCUUAAAAACCACUGAUGCCUGGGCUUCACCCAGGCUAAUCAAGAGUCUCUGGGAACCCUGAGACCCGAAGAACAAGCUAGAACUCUGUCUAGAACAAGAGUGGUCGCUACCACUAUUGACCACUCUGACUGGGAUCACAACAGUGGGUCCCAGACAGAGCAAGAGAAAAAUUAUAGAACAAAAAAAUCGAAUUCACAAAAAAGACCAGAUCUGCUGGUCUAACAGGGACUGGAAGAACUCCUGAGACUAUGGCCCUAAGACACCCUUCUGACCUGGAACUGAAGCCAUUCCUGGAGACCACCUUUCAGGCCAGCCAUAGACAGGCCCGUAAAAUAAACAGUAACAGUUAAGAGGAACGUGCUCCUUAGAACAAUCAAUUAUACAAGAUCAAAAGGACAACAUUUAACCAAAAGCUCAGAUGAGAAGGCAGGAAGAAAGGAAUAGAAUACAAGGACAAAAGGAAACAGGGAGACGAGGAUGGGAAUGGGGGGAGUGCUGAUACAUUGUAGGGAAUGAAACCAAAGUCAAGGAACACUUUAAGUACAAACUAUUGAAUGGGAAACUACUUUGUUCUAUAAACUUUCACCUAAUGCACAAAAAAAGUCUCUGGGAUGGGGAGUGUUAUGGGUGCAGUUAGUCCCCAACUUAAGAAGGGGUUCUAUUCCAAUGACUCCAUCCUAAGUCGAUUCUGGCUUGAGUCAAAUACGUCAUUUUUUUUUUUUUAAUUUUCAUUAUGAUUGCCUUUUAUUGUCAGUAACUUUAUAAAUCCAGCAGUGUUUUGAACAGUAUAUCUUAAAAUUGGACAUCUGCAAGUGAACAUCUGAGAAUGAUAACAGCAGAUUACAUGC